AUGAACACAGGAUUUAACUGGAUUCCAUGGACCGCACACCAGGGCAUUCCGCCGGUAGCGGUGCACGCCGGAAAUGACCAGGACGGUUCGCCGAUCUAUGUCGGCCGGGCUUACCAUGAAGGUGAUCAGCUGCCGGCAAAGGUGAUUCCAACGAAACAGGCGGCCUACGUUUCGCACAAUGGUAUGGAAAUUUUCAAGACACACUUCGAGGUCCUUACGGGUACCGGGUUCUCCUGGGUCGGUAGUGGAAAUGGACACGUUCCGGCUGGUGCCGUUCUGGCCGGUAGCACAACCACCGGUGAGCAGCUGUACGUUGGACGUACCCAUCACGAGGGCAGCCUGACCCCGGGCAAGAUACACCGAUCCCACGGAUGUCUCUACAUUCCGUUCAACGGUGCAGAACAAAGCUUCCUGUCCUAUGAAGUUCUCGUCGGACAGCAGCGCUCGAACUGGCAACACUGCUCGGCACACGCACCGAUGCCACCGAGCGCAAUCCUGGCGGGACACGAUUCGGACAGCUCACCAAUUUACGUUGGCCGUGCAUACCACGAGGGUGAUCAACUCCCGGCAAAGGUGAUGCCGACGAAGCAGAUUGCGUACGUGUCCCACAACGGUAUGGAAAUUCCGAAGCACUCGUACGAGGUGCUGGUCGGUGGCAACGUGUCCUGGGUACCGUCCGGAUUCGGUAGCGUACCGCCGAAUGCCGUGUUUGGCGGGCGCACGUCAACCGGUGAGGCGCUGUACGUAGGCCGGGCGCACUAUAUGGGCAGUUUGACACCGGGCAAAAUCCAUCCAAGCCACCAGACGCUCUACAUACCGUACGGUGGCAGCGAGAUCCCGAUCAAGAACUACGAGGUGCUGAUCGAACACUGA